AUGAACCCAAAGACUCUAAAUCCUGUGUUGGUAAAACUAAGCGGUAUUUGCGUGAUGUUCUGUGCGAGCUCAGGAAAUGACAUGGGCCGGCUGUUGCUUCGCGCCUGCGAAUGGUUGGGCAGCAAUGUGACGCUCCUGUGGGUGCUCAAGGCGGGUCGACACACCAAGGACGAUGCCUACCACUUCGCCUCUCGCCGAGCACCGCAGCCGUGCGCGACGAGCGACGGAAGCGACGCGGAAGCGCUGUGCGUGAAGGACGACGGUGGAUCGAGCGGAGAUGACCAGGUGGAUGUAGACCAUGGGAGAUGA